CCCUCCAAACACAGGCAAAGGUUCAUUGCUAUUUGUUUUGUUGUUUGCUCUGUCUGGAGUGAAGCCGGACUUGAAAUUGAGCUCACUUCUCCUGAGCAAUUGGUGGAUUUCAGCCUCCAGGUGGGCAGGUUGUCCCAGUUCUUAACAUCCACCCCAGCUCUUCUGAUGUCUGCUGAGCACUAGCCACGUGCCAGAGGAGGGCAAAGGGAGUCACUUAGACGCUUAAAGGCGUGGUUUCACAGGGCACCACAAGCUCGGGGUGGAAGCUCAGGGGAAAAUCUGCACUCUAAGAGAUGAGGUGGAUAUUGAAACUUGCAGCUGUCCUCUCAGGGAUGUCCAGGCCUCGGAGAUUGGCACAUCUUAAUGCUCAGUGUACCUCCCUCUGGUGACCUGGCUUCCACGCGGUGCGUCUUGGGAAUUGUAGUUUUCUCGUCUGAGGGUGAGGUCUCCUGUGCAGCUUGGAGGGUGGCGAACUCCACCCUCUCGCCAGGGGCUCCCGUCUGCUCUGUGUUCAGCCCCAGGCUUUCAGGAUUGGUGGGGGCGGGCCCAUGCACGUGGAUGCACGCGGAUUGGGCCUGUGUGUCGUGGGCGGGGUCGCGCAUGCUCAUUUGGGCGGUGGGCCUGGAGCGUAUCAAGAUGUCGACCACGACGGUUCCGGAGCUGAAGCAGAUCAGCCGGGAGGAAGCAAUGCGCUUGGGGCCCGGCUGGAGCCACUCGUGCCACGCCAUGUUGUAUGCCGCUAACCCCGGGCAGCUCUUCGGUCGUAUUCCCAUGCGAUUCUCAGUGCUGAUGCAGAUGCGCUUCGACGGGCUGCUGGGCUUCCCUGGGGGGUUUGUGGACCGGCGCUUCUGGUCGCUGGAGGAUGGCUUGAACCGGGUGCUGGGCCUGGGCCUGGGCGGCCUGCGCCUCACCGAAGCCGACUACCUGAGCUCACACCUGACUGAGGGUCCACAACGCGUGGUGGCACAUCUGUAUGCACGGCAGCUGACACUGGAGCAGCUGCAUGCUGUGGAGAUCAGCGCUGUGCACUCACGGGACCACGGCCUGGAGGUGCUGGGCCUGGUACGUGUCCCGCUGUACACACAGAAGGAUCGAGUAGGAGGCUUUCCUAACUUCCUGAGCAAUGCCUUCGUCAGCACUGCCAAGUACCAGCUCCUGUUUGCCCUUAAGGUACUCAACAUGAUGCCUUCGGAAAAGCUGGCUGAGGCCUUGGCCUCGGCCACAGAGAAACAGAAGAAGGCCCUAGAAAAGCUGCUCCCGGCCUCAUCCUGAGGAGGUUCCAGUGGGGGUUCUUGCCCUCCCUUGGCCGUCUUUGCCCACAGGCCCAGGAAUUCCCGAGAAGCGUGCCUUCUAGUGUGUUUGGUUUUGCUCCCCUUCUGACUGCAAGGGACAAGCCGGCAGCUGUUCAUCUUUACUGUCCCAAGCAGUCCCUGGGACCUCGCUACCCUCUCAGGUUGUUCAGUGGGGUGGCCUGGCCUGGCUUUUUAAGCUGAGGAUGUUCUCAACCAUCCUAAGGCUCAGACUGUCCUGUGUGAGUCUGUUCAUGAUGGGUGGAGGCCCAGCUAGAGCCCACUUUUCCAAGGUAACAACCACUUGGUUGGUACAUGGCUCCUGGACUGGUCAGAGGUUUCAUUCAAUGGAGGUGACCCUUGGUAGAUCACUCUCCCUUAGCCCAGAACCUGAUCCAGCUUGCCAUAGGCUGUUGUUCAUUUGGGUUGUUGUUGGAUUUCUGUUAAGAGUUUUCUUUCUUGGUGUGUGAACUGUGGGUUGGUUGCAGAGUGGCUGUGCCCCACAUGGCUUGGUUCCCCAGGAGGGCUUUGGCUCAACUCUGGAAUUGAGGAAGCAGGAAGACAAUAAAGCCAUUCCUCUGGUA